AUGACAACCAAUGAACUCUCUACGGACCAGAAAUUACCGGAAAAUGAGAAUGUUGACAAUUUAGAGAGCUCGUUAGACAUAACUAAAAGAGGUCUUAAGAGACUUAAUCGUCCUCCUGAUUUGAAUAUUUCUGGCACUCACAGUCAAAUAGAAACAGUAGAGGCUACAGUGGGUGGAGAAGAGGAAGAGAGUACAGGAGAACAUCAAAUUGAGGAGGAAGUUAUUGUCCAUAGCUCCACCCCCUCUAAAUUAUCGGCUCGGUGGACGUGGUUUGCUUUUGAAACACCUUUCUCAAUGGAACAAUCAACAGUAGAGAUUUGUAAUGCCUGUUCUGAAAGUGAUCUCGAUCUUGUUAAGAGACUUAUAACCCGAGCAUGUCAAAAUGGUCACUUUGAAAUUGUCAAACUUCUAACUGCACAUCCUCAAUGUAAUAUCAAAGCUAAAAAUAAUAAUCAUGAAAGACCAGUCUCUUUAGCAUGUAAAUCUGGAAAUGUAGACAUUGUACGACAUCUUGUUAAAGACAAAGGCUGUGAUAUUACUGGUAAAUAUGGUUUUUUUAAUGACACUCUAUUACACAUAGCAUGUGAAAAGGGUCACUUCGAAAUUGUCAAAUUUCUAACUGCACACCCUCAAUGUAAUAUUGAAGCUGAGAAUAGUAUUCAUGAAAGAUCAGUCUCUUUAGCAUGUAAAUCUGGAAAUGUAGACAUUGUACAACAUCUUGUUGAAGACAAAGGUUGUGACUUUGAUGUCAGAUGUGGGAAUGCUAACAACACUCCAUUACACAUAGCAUGUGAAAAGGGAAACUUUGAAAUUGUCAAAUUUCUAACUGCACACCCUCAAUGUAAUAUUGAAGCUGAGAAUAGUAUUCAUGAAAGACCAGUCUCUUUAGCAUGUAAAUCUGGAAAUGUAAACAUUGUACAACAUCUUGUUGAAGAUAAAGGUUGUGAUGUUGAUUUCAAGACUCGUUAUGAUGAUACUCCAUUACACUUAGCAUGUGAAAAGGGUAACUUUGAAAUUGUCAAACUUCUAACUGCACAUCCUCAAUGUAAUAUUGAAGCUGAGAAUAUUGGUCAGGAGAGACCAGUCUACUUAGCUUGUAAAUCUGGAAAUGUAAACAUUGUACGACUGCUUGUUGAAGACAAAAACUGUGUUAUUACUGGUAAAUAUGGUUUUUUUAAUGACACUCUAUUACACGUAGCAUGUCAAAACGGUCACUUUGAAAUUGUCAAACUUCUAACUGCACACCCUCAAUGUAAUAUUGAAGCUAAGAAUAAUAUUCAUGAAAGACCAGUCUCUUUAGCAUGUAAAUCUGGAAAUGUAGACAUUGUACAACAUCUUGUUGAAGAUAAAGGUUGUGAUGUUGAUUUCAAGACUCGUUAUGAUGAUACUCCAUUACACUUAGCAUGUGAAAAUGGUUACUUUGAAAUUGUCAAACUUCUAACUGCACAUCCUCAAUGUAAUGUUGAAGCUAAGAAUAAUUCUCAGGAGAGACCAGUCUCUUUAGCAUGUAAAUCUGGAAAUGUAGACAUUGUACGACAUCUUGUUAAAGACAAAGGCUGUGAUAUUACUAGUAAAUAUGGUUUUCUUAAUGACACUCUAUUACACGUAGCAUGUCAAAAAGGUCACUUUGAAAUUGUCAAACUUCUAACUGCACACCCUCAAUGUAAUAUUGAAGCUGAGAAUAAUAAUCAGGAGAGACCAGUCUACUUAGCUUGUAAGUCUGGAAAUGUAAACAUUGUACGACAUCUUGUUCAAGAUAAAGGUUGCAAUGUUGAUUUCAAGACUCGUUAUGGUAACAAUACUCCAUUACACAUAGCAUGUGAAAAGGGUCACUUCGAAAUUGUCAAACUUCUAACUGAAAACCCUCAAUGUAAUAUUGAAGCUGAGAACGAUAUGCAGGAAAGACCAGUCUCUUUAGCAUGUAAAUCUGGAAAUGUGGACAUUGUAAAACAUCUUGUUGAAGAUAAAGGUUGUGAUGUUGAUGUCAAGACUCAUUAUGAUGCUACUCCAUUACACAUAGCAUGUGGAAAGGGUAACUUUGAAAUGGUCAAAGUUCUAACUGCGCAUCCUCAAUGUAAUACUCGUUAUGGUAACAAUACUCCAUUACACAUAGCAUGUGAAAAGGGUCACUUCGAAAUUGUCAAACUUCUAACUGAAAACCCUCAAUGUAAUAUUGAAGCUGAGAACGAUAUGCAGGAAAGACCAGUCUCUUUAGCAUGUAAAUCUGGAAAUGUGGACAUUGUAAAACAUCUUGUUGAAGAUAAAGGUUGUGAUGUUGAUGUCAAGACUCAUUAUGAUGCUACUCCAUUACACAUAGCAUGUGGAAAGGGUAACUUUGAAAUGGUCAAAGUUCUAACUGCGCAUCCUCAAUGUAAUGUUGAAGCUGAGAAUAAUAACCAGGAAAGACCAGUCUACUUAGCUUGUAAGUCUGGAAAUGUAAACAUUGUACGACAUCUUGUUCAAGAUAAAGGUUGCAAUGUUGAUUUCAAGACUCGUUAUGGUAACAAUACUCCAUUACACAUAGCAUGUGAAAAGGGUCACUUCGAAAUUGUCAAACUUCUAACUGAAAACCCUCAAUGUAAUAUUGAAGCUGAGAACGAUAUGCAGGAAAGACCAGUCUCUUUAGCAUGUAAAUCUGGAAAUGUGGACAUUGUAAAACAUCUUGUUGAAGAUAAAGGUUGUGAUGUUGAUGUCAAGACUCAUUAUGAUGCUACUCCAUUACACAUAGCAUGUGGAAAGGGUAACUUUGAAAUGGUCAAAGUUCUAACUGCGCAUCCUCAAUGUAAUGUUGAAGCUGAGAAUAAUAACCAGGAAAGACCAGUCUACUUAGCUUGUAAGUCUGGAAAUGUAAACAUUGUACGACAUCUUGUUGAAGAUAAAGGCUGUGAUGUUGAUGUCAAAACUCAUUAUGAUGCUACUCCAUUACACUUAGCAUGUGAAAAAGGUUACUUUGAAAUUGUCAAACUUCUAACUGCGCAUACUCAAUGUAAUAUUGAAGCUGAGAAUAAUAAUCAGGAGAGACCAGUCUACUUAGCUUGUGAAUCUGGAAAUGUAGAUAUUGUACAGCAUCUUGUUGAAGACAAAGGUUGUGACAUUGAUGUCAGAUGUGGGAAUGCUAACAACAGUCUAUUACACAUAGCAUGUGGAAAGGAGAGCUUUGAAAUGGUCAAACUUCUAACAGCAUAUCCUCAAUGUAAUAUUGAAGCUGAGAAUAAUGGUCAGGAGAGACCAGUCUACUUAGCUUGUGAAUCUGGAAAUGUAGACAUAGUACGACAUCUUAUUGAAGAUAAAGGCUGUGAUGUUGAUGUCAAGACUCAUUAUAAUGAUACUCCAUUACACUUAGCAUGCAGGAAGAGUAACUUUGAAAUUGUCAAACUACUAACUGCACACCCUAAAUGUAAUAUUGAAGCUGAGAAUAAUGGUCAGGAGAGACCAGUCUACUUAGCUUGUGAAUCUGGAAAUGUAGACAUUGUACAACAUCUUGUUGAAGACAAAGGUUGUGAUGUUCAUUUCAAGACUCGUUAUAGUAACAACACUCCAUUACACAUAGCAUGCAAGAAGAGUAACUUUGAAAUUGUCAAACUUCUAACUGCACACCCUAAAUGUAAUAUUGAAGCUGAGAAUAAUAAUCAGGAGAGACCAGUCUACUUAGCUUGUGAAUCUGGAAAUGUAGACAUUGUACAACAUCUUGUUGAAGACAAAGGUUGUGAUGUCAAUUUCAAGAUCAGUUAUAUUAACAACACUUUAUUACACAUAGCAUGUGAAAAGGGUCACUUUGAAAUGGUUAAAAUUCUAACGGCACACCCUAAGUGUAAUAUUGAAGCUGAGAAUAAUAAUCAGGAGAGACCAGUCUACUUAGCUUGUGAAUCUGGAAAUGUAGACAUUGUACAACAUCUUGUUGAAGACAAAGGUUGUGACAUUGAUGUCAGAUGUGAGAAUGCUAACAACACUCCAUUACACAUAGCAUGUGAAAAGGGAAACUUUGAAAUGGUCAAAGUUCUAACUGCACAUCCUCAAUGUAAUGUUGAAGCUGAGAAUAAUAAUCAGGAGAGACCAGUCUACUUAGCUUGUGAAUCUGGAAAUGUAGAUAUUGUACAACAUCUUGUUGAAGACAAAGGUUGUGACAUUGAUGUCAGAUGUGGGAAUGCUAACAACACUCCAUUACACAUAACAUGUGAAAAGGGUCACUUUGAAAUGGUCAAACUACUAACUGCACACCCUAAAUGUAAUAUUGAAGCUGAGAAUAAGAAUCAAGAGAGACCAGUCUACUUAGCUUGUGAAUCUGGAAAUGUAGACAUUGUACGACAUCUUGUUGAAGACAAAGGUUGCGACAUUGAUGUCAGAUGUGCGAAGGCUAAGAACACUCCAUUACACAUAGCAUGUGAAAAGGGUCACUUUGAAAUGGUCAAACUACUAACUGCACACCCUAAAUGUAAUAUUGAAGCUGAGAAUAAGAAUCAGGAGAGACCAGUCUACUUAGCUUGUGAAUCUGGAAAUGUAGAUAUUGUACAACAACUUGUUGAAGACAAAGGUUGUGACAUUGAUGUCAGAUGUGGGAAUGCUAAGAACACUCCAUUACACAUAGCAUGUGAAAAGGGUCACUUUGAAAUGGUCAAACUACUAACUGCACACCCUAAAUGUAAUAUUGAAGCUGAGAAUAAGAAUCAGGAGAGACCAGUCUACUUAGCUUGUGAAUCUGGAAAUGUAGACAUUGUACGACAUCUUGUUGAAGACAAAGGUUGCGACAUUGAUGUCAGAUGUGGGAAUGCUAACAACUCUCCAUUACACAUAACAUGUGAAAAUGGUCACUUUGAAAUGGUCAAACUACUAACUGCACACCCUAAAUGUAAUAUUGAAGCUGAGAAUAAGAAUCAGGAGAGACCAGUCUACUUAGCUUGUGAAUCUGGAAAUGUAGACAUUGUACGACAUCUUGUUGAAGACAAAGAUUGCGACAUUGAUGUCAGAUGUGCGAAGGCUAAGAACACUCCAUUACACAUAGCAUGUGAAAAGGGUCACUUUGAAAUGGUCAAACUACUAACUGCACACCCUAAAUGUAAUAUUGAAGCUGAGAAUAAGAAUCAGGAGAGACCAGUCUACUUAGCUUGUGAAUCUGGAAAUGUAGACAUUGUACGACAUCUUGUUGAAGACAAAGAUUGCGACAUUGAUGUCAGAUGUGCGAAGGCUAAGAACACUCCAUUACACAUAGCAUGUGAAAAGGGUCACUUUGAAAUGGUCAAACUACUAACUGCACACCCUAAAUGUAAUAUUGAAGCUGAGAAUAAGAAUCAGGAGAGACCAGUCUACUUAGCUUGUGAAUCUGGAAAUGUAGAUAUUGUACAACAUCUUGUUGAAGACAAAGGUUGUGACAUUGAUGUCAGAUGUGGGAAUGCUAACAACUCUCCAUUACACAUAACAUGUGAAAAGGGUCACUUUGAAAUGGUCAAACUACUAACUGCACACCCUAAAUGUAAUAUUGAAGCUGAGAAUAAUAAUCAGGAGAGACCAGUCUGCUUAGCUUGUGAAUCUGGAAAUGUAGACAUAGUACGACAUCUUAUUGAAGAUAAAGGCUGUGAUGUUGAUGUCAAGACUCAUUAUAAUGAUACUCCAUUACACUUAGCAUGCAGGAAGAGUAACUUUGAAAUUGUCAAACUUCUAACUGCACACCCUAAAUGUAAUAUUGAAGCUGAGAAUAUGAAUCAGGAGAGACCAGUCUACUUAGCUUGUGAAUCUGGAAAUGUAGAUAUUGUACGACAUCUUGUUGAAGACAAAGGUUGUGAUGUUCAUUUCAAGAGAUGUUAUAGUAACAACACUCCAUUACACAUAGCAUGCAAGAAGAGUAACUUUGAAAUGGUCAAACUACUAACUGCACACCCUAAAUGUAAUAUUGAAGCUGAGAAUAAGAAUCAGGAGAGACCAGUCUACUUAGCUUGUGAAUCUGGAAAUGUAGACAUUGUACAACAUCUUGUUGAAGAUAAAGGCUGUGAUGUUGAUGUCAAGACUCAUUAUAAUGAUACUCCAUUACACAUAGCAUGCAAGAAGAGUAACUUUGAAAUUGUCAAACUACUAACUGCACACCCUAAAUGUAAUAUUGAAGCUGAGAAUGAAGAUCAGGAGAGACCAGUCUACUUAGCUUGUAAGUCUGGAAAUGUAGACAUUGUACAACAUCUUGUUGAAGACAAAGGUUGUGAUGUUAAUUUCAAGACUCAAUAUGAUGGACCACCAGGUGCUGGUAAGAGUACUUUGAAGAAGAAAUUACUCAAUGAGUCUCUUACAGAACCUUCUCUUAGUACUGGUGUGGUUGAUGCAGCCAUACAAGUUGACUCAUUUCGUAAACUACAACAACAUAAUGCAGUAGUUACUACAGAAUGGAGGACACAAGAUCUAGAUGAAGAAGCUGUUUUAGUAUAUGAGAAUAUUGCAUCUAGCACUUCAAGAAGUCUUCAUCAUCCUACUAGUAGUGAAAUCAUUCAAUUCAACAACAAUGUAUCAUCAGAUAUUGUGAUACCAAUGACAGAAAUCAAUGAAACUGACAUUGAUAUGAGAGAUGUAUUAGAAGAGGAGCUGGAGGAUAGUAGUGGCUGUAAUAGUGAUAGUGAAACAAACACAAUGGAAGGACAAGAAGGUACCAAAAAAAUCAGAUUAGAAGAGAAACUGGAAGAAGGAGAUAUUGAAGAGGACAAUAAAAGAUUUAAAAAAAAAGACAAAACCACUAUAACACAUCAAAAAGGUCUCAAAUCACUAUCAAAAUUUGUAGAAAGUAUUCCAGUCACCAAAAGAAGAGUUUAUGAAGAGAGAUCUCAACAAACCACCAAAGACAGUCAUGCUAUGUUACAUAUCAUUGAUACUGGAGGACAACCUGAGUUCCAUGAAAUGUUACCAGCUCUUAUCACUGGUCCAGCUAUUAAUCUACUUGUUUUUGAUCUAACAAUAGACUUGAAAAGUCGUUAUGAAAUUACAUAUCGAUCAUCUAGUGGUGAUUCUAAACCUUAUCAAACAUCCCUCACUCAUGAAGAGGUCAUCUUUCGUUCUCUAGCUAGUAUAGCUUGUUUAAGACAAAAUACUAUUGGAUGGAGUUUUGAUGCAGUACCACUGAAGGAUGAGUCAGAGCCUGCUGCAUUCCUCAUAGCUACUCACAGAGAUUGUUUUCUAAAUGAAACUGAAGCUCAAGCUAAAGUGGAUUCAGUCAACAACCAUCUUAAACUGAAGAUACAGGCCAGCGGUGAACUGUUUAGAGAAGAUCUUGUACAAUAUUCAACUUCAGAUCAAGUGAUUUUUGCACUUGACACAAGAAAUGAUCAAAAGAAAUUGAAGAGUUACGUUCAAUUCUUCAUGAAGUCAUUGACAGAAAGUUUCAUGAGUUACCUGUUCCUGCUUCUUGGUGUGCCUUUAGCCUAA